GUUUCUUUUGUUUUUGCUCACUCCAGUGUCAUCAAUUGUGCCAGUCUCACUUUGUACGAAGCGUUUCACCAGUAGUCUCAUUUGAAGCCUUGGCUCAGGAGUGCUUCUGUGGGGCUGUGACACGCAGAUUCUGCUUGUACAGAGAUCCAAGAUCACACAGCAGAUGGCGAAUCAGUGCAAGUACCAAAGAAAACUGUUGAAGUCAAAGCCUCGAUGCAUUGUUCAUGUCCUAGUCAGUCUUGUUUCGAUUGGAACUCGUUUUAUUUCGUUGUUUGUCAUACCGAGUCCAGCAUGCAACGAGCCUUUUCGGAAUGCUUGGGCUGCCAUCCUUAUAUAAUGGGAUUUCUUCAGGGCACCUCAAAGGGAGUUAAGACAAUCUUUUUGCACAGCGGGUUCAAAUAGCAAAGGAAUUAAACACAAACUAGGUUUGAUGACACUUCGGCCGCUGCCAUCUCGGUUGCAGCUUUAGCUUUGAGGCCAGCAGCUUUGCACAUUGCUUCAGGCCAGAUAAAACAUGGCACGCAGCUCCAAUCUGCUUGUGCUGGCUGUGGUGGCAUGCGCCACCUACAUGCUGCUGCCCAGCGAGAGCUUCGUGGCUCCCCAGGUGUUGCGUGGCAACGCGCAGCAGGAGACUGGAGCCUUGGCACAGGCCCCAAGCUUCCAGACUGAGGGCCGCUCUGUGCAGGUGAGCAUGGCCGCAACAGGUGGCGAACCCCAGAGGCUGAACUUGGUCUUCAUUGGCCUUCUCGCAGGCACCGCGGCCAUCGGCAUCCUCGCUGUCUUCUUCUACGGCUCCUACUCCGGCGCAGGCAGCGGCCUCUGAGAGCCUGGCUUUUUUACGCAAAGGUAGGCUUUGGUAGUUUCGGUUGAGAAAGUUGACAAAGGCCUCUGGAAUAAGCAUGCGGAGAUUGCGGUCGAAGCAUAUCAAUCAGACUGCGCAGUCUGCGACUGUCAUGAUUUGGUGACAGCUUAGCAUUUUAUUGAUGUUUGUUUGCGGAAGACAGUGGUGGUGUUGGAUUCUAGUUUCCAGGUUUGUAGAUGCAAGAAGCCACUGCUGACUUGAGUUGCUGUUAAUUUCCAAGUCACUGAUGAAGUGCACUGGAAUAGACACACUGGAAUACAGAUGUGCGGUUGUGUGUCAUUGAGUCAUGCCAGCUGGGAUUCGCAUGGUCAUCAGACUGAGAGAUAUAUCAGAUAUACAUUAUGAUAUCAUCAUUUAUAUAUACAUAAGUAUAUAUACAUAGUGCAUUGGGCCAUACUGGAACCUGUUCGUUUUGGCAAAGUUUCAGGUGAUUUUUUGCUAGUUGAUCUUGCUUCAGCAUCAGCAGGCUCAGAGCCC